AUGGAUCAGUCACCGUUCACGACUCCGAGAGGAUCUCUUUCAUCGAGCAUAGGAGACUCUUCAGAGCUUGAAGCCAAUCUCACACUCAGCGAAAGGCUUAAGAUUUUCAAGAGUUCCUCCUUUGAUCCCAAUGCCUAUGUCGCCACCAAAUCACGCAGCAUGAACGAAAAGGAGAUAAGACACUUAUGUGCUAAUCUUGUUGAGCUGAAGAAGGCUUCAGCAGAAGAAAUGCGCAAAAGUGUUCUUGCUAAUUACUCAGCCUUCAUACGUACAUCCAAAGAAAUUUCAGAUCUUGAGGGGGAGCUUCUUUCCAUGAGAAAUCUUCUAUCCACCCAAGCUGCUUUGGUUGAAGGUGUAGCACAAGGGUGUCAGCUUAGUGCCUUGAUUAGUGGAAACGAAGACUCAGACAUGGAUGAUGUACUAAAUGAGAAAACAGAUAUAUCCAAGACAGAAAAAUGGCUAAUAGAAUAUAUGGAAACUCUUGAAGUUAUAUUAGCAGAGAAAAGAGUGGAUGAAGCUAUGGUUGCUCUGGAUGAAGGAGAAAAAACUGCAAAAGAAAUUAGUGAAGGGAAAACUUUAAGUCCAGGUUUAUGUGAGUCAUUGCAAACUGCCAUUACAGAACUCAGAAAAAGACUAGCUGAUCAGCUGGCGGAAACCAUCUGCCAGCCAUCAACUCACAGUGCCGAGAUUCGAUCAACAGCGUUGGCAUUGAAAACUCUUGGGGACGGUCCUCGUGCUCAUACGUUACUGCUUAAAUCUCACCGAGAAAAGUUGCUGCGUAGCAUACAAGGCCUUGAAUCCACCACUUAUAGUGGAGUUGGACCAUACACUACUACACUUUCGCAGUUUGUCUUUUCAACCAUUUCACAAGCAGCAUCAGAUUCUUUGACAUUGUUUGCUGGAGAAGAACCUUCAUAUACUUCUGAGCUAGUAACUUGGGCAGUAAAACAGGCUGAGCAAUUCGCCGUUCUCCUUAAGAAACGCAUUCUUGCCUCUACAGCUGCUGCAGGAGGUCUGAGAGUGGCAUCUGAAUGUGUUCAUGUUUGCAUGAGUCACUGUUAUCUGCUAGAGGCUACUGGGAUGGCCCUUUCCCCUGUGUUGCUAAAAUAUUUUAGGCCUUUUGUUGAGCAAGCACUGAACACAAAUUUGAAAAGAAUUGAACAAAGUAGUGCUGCACUGGCUGCUGCAGAUGAUUGGUUGCUUGCUUAUGCACCAACCAACAGGAAUUCUGGCGAACCUCGAUCUUCUUCUUAUAGUAACUUAAGUUCAUCCCAGCCAAAACUUUCAAGCAGUGCUCACAAAUUCAACUCAAUGGUUCAGGAGCUGUUUGAAGAUGUAGGACCUCUUGAAAUCCUACAAUUGGAUGCUCUUGCAUUUGAAGGCCUUCUACAAGUGUUCAACUUCUAUGUCAAUUUGCUAAUAAAUGCAUUGCCAGGUUCAGUUGUAACUGAGAACUUGGAAGGUUCAGGGCACAAAAUUGUUAAGAUUGCUGAGACUGAAGCACAGCAGAUAGCAUUGCUAGCUAAUGCAAUAUUGUUGGCAGACGAGCUUCUCCCUCGUGCUGUUGUCAAGCUUGCACAUAGCACCAGAGGUGAUGAAUCUCAGAGAAGAGGAUCAGACAAACAAAGGCCUCCAGAACAGCGUGAAUUGAAGAAAAUACUACAGCGUGAAGUUGAUCGCCUGCGAGACAGCUUCUGCCGGCAACAUGCUCUUGAGCUCAUCUUCACAGAAGAAGGAGAAGCGCGUCUGAAUGCAUUAAUAUAUUUGAGUAUGGAUGGUAAAGUGGAGCCACCUGAAUGGUUUCCUUCUCCAAUUUUUCAGGAGAUUUUUGCAAAGCUUACUCUAGUGGCAAGCAUUGCAACGGAUGUUUUUGUGGGAAGGGAAAGAUUUGCAACUGUUUUAUUGAUGAGACUCGCAGAAACAGUGAUCCUGUGGCUUUCUGAUGACCAAGCCUUCUGGGAAGAGGUUGAGACAGGACCAACGCCAUUGGGUCCUCAUGGCCUUCAACAGCUUUAUUUGGAUAUGCAAUUUGUGAUGAUAUUUUCAUCUCAAGGCCGCUACUUAUCUCGUCAUCUACAUCAAGCUAUUAAAAACAUCAUUGGUAGGGCUAUUGAUGCUGUUGCUGCUACAGGGCUAGAUCCUAACAGUAUCUUGCCAGAGGAUGAGUGGUUUGUUGAAGUGUCUGAAAUAGCUAUAAAGAUGUUAACUGGGAGAGCUGCCUUUGACAGUGCAAACGCUGAUGUCACUAGUCCAACUGCAUCAGUCUAA